AAACAAGCAAAGCCUUUGCCGGUGAUUUAGCAAGCACAAACCCAUCUCAAGAAAUCGAAGGAUGUGAUUUGGCCGGAAAAAGGGUAUCCGAAAUGAUGAUCGGAGAAAUUCAACGAUCUCAUCCAAGUGUUCAUAUUCCUCCGUGCCCGGUUUCCGACGACCAUACUGCGGCGGAGAUGUAUUAUCCGGCGUUCGGAAGCCCUGACGGGAACAUGCUUGGAGCCUUGGCGGCUCUACAGCGUUAUCUGCCGUCGAGCGAACCGGAUCCUGACUCCGACCCGGAUAUUUCGGGUCCGGAAUCUCCCGUCCACGCUUACUCCUCUGAUCAUUUCCGCAUGUAUGAGUUCAAGGUGCGUCGUUGUGGGCGUGGUCGAAGUCAUGACUGGACGGAGUGCCCGUAUGUUCAUCCUGGCGAAAAAGCUCGCCGGAGAGAUCCGAGACAGUACCAUUACUCCGGCACGUCUUGCCCCGAUUUCCGAAAGGGGGGUUGCAGGAAAGGUGACGCGUGCGAGUUCGCUCACGGAGUUUUCGAGUGCUGGCUUCACCCGGCUCGUUACCGGACUCAGCCGUGCAAGGACGGCGGGAACUGUCGCCGGCGAGUCUGCUUCUUCGCUCACUCACCGGACCAGCUUCGGAUUCUUCCGCAGCAGAGCCCAGAUAGGGUCGAUUCCUUUGAGUUAUCGUCUCCGAUUCGCCACUCCAGCGCCAGGGCCUUUCAGUUCUCGCUCUCUCCGAUAUCGGGUUCACCGCCGGUGAGUCCGCGUACUGACUCGGAGUCGACUCAGUCGCUGAGCCGUUCUUUCGGGUCGAGUCCGGUGAACGACGUCGUUGCAUCGCUGAGGAACUUGCAGCUUAACAAGGUAAAGUCUCUUCCGUCGUCUUGGAACACUCAGUUCCGACGCUACCGGUCCGGGUUCGGGUCUCCACGUGGAUCGGUCCUGGGACCCGGGUUUCGGAGUCUACCCACGACCCCGACCCGACCCGGGAUCGGGUAUUUGGAUGUAUGGGACAAGGAAUCGGAUGACGAACCGGCGAUGGAGAGGGUCGAAUCGGGUCGUGAACUGCGAGCGAAGAUGUUCGAGAGGCUGAGUAAAGAGAACUGCAUGGAUCGGGCCGACCCGGAUCCGGAUCAGAAUCCGGGUGAAACCCCUGAUGUCGGGUGGAUCUCGGAGCUUGUGAAGUAGACGAAGGUGAAUUGUCUCUGAUUAUUAAACUAUUAAUGUUCUUUUUGGGAUUUCCUCGGAGGAGAUCUUUGAAGGUGGAUUUUCCCGUGAAACAAACGAGGCCGGAUAUUAAUAUUAUGUGUUCAUAUUAUUUUUUUACUAAUUUCACAUUCUCCGAUAUAUAUAUUAAAUAUGGAAUUUUGGGGGGAGAUUUCAUUAAAAAAAAAAAUAAGACUUUUGAAGGAGAAGAUUGCAGAUUUAAUUUCAUUGUAUAGAAGAGAGGCUUUAGAGGGUUAUUAUGUGUUAUUAAUAUAUUGAGGUUUUUGUGUGUGUGCGUGUGUGUGUUUUGUGAUUUUUUGUAACACCACCAAUCUUGAAUGUACCCUCUUUAUCUUUUUCAUCAA